CGGAACCAUUAUUUUAAAGUUGUCAAUGAAGGGUGAAGAACGCGCAUGCGCAUAUGACAAUAAACGUUUUAAAUUGUCAAUAUCUUUUAUUUUCAUUUCUCAGUAGCAUUGAAUAAAUAAACCCUAAUUUAAAGUUAGAUCUACUCUAUUUGAAUAACAAUAUGAACAGACAACGACACAGUGGCAGAGAUAGGCGCCCUAGCUAUCGAGGUGGAAUAGGAGAUGGACUCUUAGGAGAAGGUCCUGGCUAUGGUGGAGGUGGUGGUUCCUAUGAGCCAAUGGUCAACUCACAAGUCAGUCAACUUCUGCUCAUGCAACAGCUUCUCCAGCAACAAGCGGGACUCAGUCGUGCUGGUGGAUAUGGAGAUGGAUCAUUGGGAAACAUUUCCUUUCUCCAGCAGCAAUCUCAAGGCUACUCUGGUGGAAUGGGAGGCAGAAAUGUUGGUGGAAUGAGAAAUGACCGCAAGCGGCUAAGUGGGAACGGUAGAGAUAAUGAUUUCAAAAGAAGACGCUAUGAUUCUCCUGGGAGAGGUGGCGAUAGGGAUAGGUCUAGAGGCAGAGACAGCGGCAGAAGCGGUGAAAGUCGAGAUAGAAAACAUAAUAGUCGUUGGGAUUCAGAUCGAGACAGAGAUGAUGUUUAUAAUCCUGCUGAACCUACAGAUGACGAUGUGCAUGACAGAGAUAGCAACCUGUAUUGUCAUGUUUGUAACAAGACCCUUUAUGAUGAAGAGAGUUUUAGAAGACAUCUGAAUAGCCCCAAACAUACACAACUGAUGAACAGUGUGCUUACCAUGCAUCAGAUGAAGAGCAAUCAGCUCAAAUUUAGGAUUAAGGCUGAGGAGCAUUUGCGUAAAAUUGAAGGGGGUAGAGGAGGUUUGAAUCCUGACUACUUCUGCAAGAUUUGUAACAACAGUUUGACUAUUCCUUGGGAGAGACACAGAUUCUCCAAGAUUCACACUCAAAGACAACUUCAAGUGACCAGAGGAUGUGGCUGGUGUAAAGUUCAUGACUUUAAAAACUUUACUGAGGUUUUAGAACACAGAGAGACUGAUGAACACAAAAAGAAUGCUGAAAUAUUUGGAAAGAAAAAGGAUGAAAAGGAAAGACGUAGAUCUAGGAGCCGUAGUAGAGACAGAAGAUCUGAGAAACACAGAAGAAGGAGCACUUCCAGGGACAGAUCCAGAAGAGAGAAAGAAAGGGAGCAGAAAGCAAAGAAAAAGCAGGAGGAUGAGGAGGAUUUAACCAUACCUGAAUACAAUGCUGAAAAGACUGUUGGUUUAAGCUACAUUGUUCCUGUCACUGGUUUCUUUUGUAAACUCUGCCACAAGUUUUAUAACAAUGAAAAGUCUGCCAAAGGAGCUCACUGUCAGAGUGAAACACAUUAUGAGAAAUUUAAGUUGGCGACAGAAGCUAAGAUUGCAGCUAGGGAGAAGAGGUUAGCAGAAGAAGCUGCUGCAGAGGCAGAAAAGAAGGCCAAUGAGGAAUCCAAAGAUGUUUCAAGCACUGAAAAAGAAGACAACAAACAAGAAUCAGAAGCAACUGAGGAAAACAAGAAAGAGAAAGAAGAGAGAGUAGAGGAGGAUAUUGAUGAAGAAGAUUAUGAUGACCCAUUGCCCAUGGAAGAUUUAGAUGAUGAUGGUGGCUUGGCUAAGGAUGAUGAUUUCGGUUUGCUGGAUGAUGAUGAUGAUGUUAACAUAACUGCUGACUCAGGAUUGAAUGAUACAGAUGCCAACUCCAGUUUUGUGUAUUUAUCUGGUGAAAUGGCAGAGGCUCAAGUUGAAAUCAACAGAAAGGAGCUAAAUGAACAGAAGGAAAUAGAAGACAAAAGUGAACAGAAUGAAUCAGAUCCUAAGACUGAUGUAGUGACUGAACUUAAAGUUGAAGAGAAUGUACCUACAGAUGAGAAACAAGAAGAUUCUUUGGUCACCUCAGACAAUGAAAAUGAAGGCCAAGCCACACCUGCUGCUAGUGAACCAGUUAAAGCGGCUGCCAAGACCAGAGGAAGUGGUACAGCAAGACGAGGCCGGGGUAGAGGCAGAGGCAAGAAGUGAGUGUUACGGUGUGAGAUCUUAGUAACACUCUGUUGCUGGAUUCUUUAUUUAGAUUUGUGUACUCUCUUCUGUGUCUCUACUGUUUUUAUUAUUCCUAUAGUCAAGUAUUUUAUUUUUAUAUUACUAGUCUCAAGAACAUUUUUGUAAGGAAUGUGUAUACAUUUGAAUUGGCUUAUUUUUUGGGGAGUGAAUUUUUAAAAUGUGAUCCAAAAUGUCCAGAAUCAAUUUUCUUUUAAAGUUCAGCAGAGAACCUCAUGGUUAAGGUUAAUGAAUCUACACUUCCUUGCUGCAGUUCGCUGUCAAAGUUUCACUGACAGUCUGUAAACUUAUUAGAUUAGUUAGUAUAUUUCAGGUAAUAUUUUUUGAAUGCUGUUACUUGUGAUCAUUAUAAACAAAGCCGAUUGGCAUGUUCAGAACAGCAAAAGUCAAACAAAAUUUGUCUUGUUAAAAUAAAUGUAAAUGACACAUUUAGACAUAUGUUUCAACUCCAUAUUGAAGAGACUUUUCAUCAUUGUUUUUAGCCUAUAUUGGUGUUCAUGUUUAGCAUUUAAUUAACUUUAUAGGAAGACUAUAUCAUAUGUGAAUUUUUUUUUAGUUGUCGAAUUCCUAUGUAUACUUAACUGAAGUAGAAAUUUGAUGCCUGCAGAGUUUUAUAAUAAUUGAUGGGGAGGGAGGGGGGAGAAAAGUCUUGAGCAUCUUCAGCUGUUAUUCCAGUGUGUAAUCUUGACAGUUCUCACUUCUAGAGUUAUUUCAUUUGGCAUUGAAAGAUUACACUCUAACACAUCUAUUUUGUUCACUCAAGUAGACAAGUGUUUUUUAGGGGGUGGGAAGGGUUGCCUACUGUAGUUAGUUGUAGGCUGAUGUUAAAGGAAUAAUUGCAUCUAAGUUAGACUAUUAUUUAGUUGUUUUAUAUAUAAUGAAUCAUAUAAUUUGACUUUUAUUGUGUUUCUUUCAAAUAAAGGUAAAAUUUUU